AGAAGCUCGCGCGAUCGUUGUCUCUGAUCGGGGCAAAUGCAGAGGCUAGAGAUGCCGCUCUUGGACGCUCCCGGUCCGAGGAUUUCUUGCAGAGCAUCGUUCUUGGAGCUUGCAAGGCGCCACAUUCUCGACUGGAUUGUGGUCGUGCUCCUUGGCGGGGCAUUCUAUGGGCUCCAUGUCCUCCAUCCUUUCCAGAGAUUUGUGGGGAGGUACAUGCUGGACGAUCUGCGAUAUCCCAUGAAAUCCAGCACGGUUUCCUUUGUUUACGUUCCGUGAUGGAAGUUUUGGUAGUCUCUUUUGAUCAGGUGAUUUCCCUGGCAGUUCCUGCUCUCAUCAUUCUAUGUUUCCACGCUUACAAAAGAGAUCCUCGCGACCUUCACCAUGCUCUGCUGGGGCUGGCUUUCUCACUCGCUCUUGCUGGUGUUGUGACAAAUGCGAUCAAGGUGUCUGUUGGUCGGCCUCGGCCGGAUUUCUUCUGGCGAUGCUUUCCAGAUGGAGUCGAGAUCUAUACAGCAAUUGGCGAAGUUCUCUGCACUGGUGACGAGGCUGUGAUCAGAGAUGGACACAAAAGCUUUCCAAGUGGCCAUGCCUCGUGGUGUUUCGCAGGACUGGGCUACCUGUCUCUCUAUUUUGCUGGAAAGCUUCAGCUGUUUGAUCACCGUCGAGAAGGACAAAUGUGGAAGUUUUUAAUUCCAUUUGCGCCGCUUGCGGUCGCAGCCUACGUUUCCAUUUCUCGCCUGGAAGACUACAAACACCACUGGGAGGACGUGUGCGUUGCCGCUUUGAUAGGAAUGACAAGUGCUACAUUGUGCUAUGGGCAACAUUUUCCAUCUGUUUUUGGAGCUCCCGAUUCUCAGGGAACUUACUCGCAGCUAACUCAGCAACCAUCAUCCCCACGCAACAAAGUCUUGGAGGAUAAUCCUCCAUUACCACCAGAGAGUUCCAACGUUUAAACGACACACACUACUUACCGACACUUACUAUCGAUUAACGGGUUUAAACAAACGCUCAAAACAACGUAACUUCUUUGAGCAUUUGGCAAGUGUAACAUUAGCUGGUAACUAAGUUUGACAUUAACAGGUAA